GCAGCAUUUUCGACCCUUUCUCUCUCGAUCUCUGGGAACCCUUAAAGGAUUUCCCAUUCCCUUCCUCCUCAUCACUCUCCACAUUCCCUGAAUUUUCCCGGGAAAAUUCAGCUAUCCUGAACACCAGAAUCGACUGGAAGGAGACCCCAGAAGCCCACGUGUUCAAGGCAGACCUUCCGGGGCUGAAGAAAGAAGAGGUGAAGGUGGAGGUUGAAGACGACAGGGUGCUUCAGAUCAGCGGAGAGAGGAACGUAGAGAAGGAGGACAAGAACGACAAGUGGCACAGAGUGGAGCGCAGCAGCGGCAGGUUCUUGAGGAGGUUUCAGCUUCCUGAGAAUGCAAAGGUGGACGAGAUUAAGGCUGCAAUGGAGAAUGGGGUUCUGAGUGUCACUGUUCCAAAGGCAGAGGUGAAGAAGCCUGAUGUCAAAGCCAUUGAAAUCUCUGCUUUCCUGAACACGAUGAUCAACUGGAAGGAGACCCCAGCAGCCCAUGUGUUCAAGGCAUACCUUCCGGGGCUGAAGAAAGAAGAGGUGAAGGUGGAGCUCGAGGACGGCAUGGUGCUUCAGAUCAGUGGAGAGAGAAAUGUAGAGAUGGUGGACAAGAACGACAAAUGGCACAGAGUGGAGCACAGCAGCGGCAAGUUCUUGAGGAGGUUUCAGCUUCCAGAGAAUGCAAGGGUAGACGAGAUUAAGGCUGCAAUGGAGAAUGGGGUUCUGAGUGUCACUGUUCCCAAGGCAGGGCCAAAGCCAUUGAAAUCUCUGAUUUUGGAGUGUCAGUUUUCACCAAUGUAA